CGGUGCUUAAGAAGCGGGCGCGCAGAGGCAGGCGCGCAGGGUAGGCCUGGAGGGGGCGGGUCCGCGCGGGCCUCAGUACGGCCCGCCAGGCUAGAGGAGAGGAAAGGGAGGUCACGGAGUGAAGGUGUAUCCGUUGCGGCAGAGCCCGCUGCUGCUGAGAGCUACGAUCCGUCAGAAACAACCAUGUCCUACUGCCGGCAGGAAGGGAAGGAUCGGAUCAUAUUUGUGACCAAAGAAGACCAUGAAACUCCUAGCAGUGCAGAGCUGGUGGCUGACGACCCCAACGAUCCCUAUGAAGAGCACGGGUUGAUUCUGCCCAAUGGAGAUAUUAACUGGAAUUGCCCAUGUCUUGGGGGAAUGGCCAGUGGCCCCUGUGGGGAGCAAUUCAAGUCUGCCUUUUCCUGCUUCCACCACAGCACAGAGGACAUCAAGGGAUCAGACUGUAUAGACCAGUUCCGGGCCAUGCAGGAGUGCAUGCAGAAAUACCCGGACCUCUAUCCCCAAGAUGAGGAGGAGGAAGAGGAGGCAAAGCCAGUGGAGCAGGUGGAGGAAACAGCUGACACUAAGGCCGCUGUAGCCAAAGAGCAGGGGUCAAGCUCCUGAAGGCCAUAGGCCCUGGCUGUCACUCACCAUGGGACUUUCUGCACAAUGCCUUUUGGUCACCUCUGUCAAAGCUCUUUCCUUUUGUGCACUGUAAUGUACAAAAUAACUUAUUUUAAUGAUCAGGGGUCCUGGCUACUUGCCAUAUACACUGAAGAAAAGGGGCUGUGUGCACCUGUGUCUUGCAUAAACCUGUCCUUGAACAUUAGGCCACUGCUGGAUGUACUCUGUGGUUGCCCUGGAUUUUGUCACUUUGAAAUAAUGUGCUGAGACUUCUCAGCAACCAAAAGUUGUUACUCAGGAAAGUUUAUCGUGAGAAAGUUGAUUUAUUCUAAUCCAUUGUAUCCCUUUUGGUAGAUUUUACACCUCUUUGGGAAAUUAAGUAGAUGCCUAAACUCCUUCAAGAGCGGGUCCAUUCCUGUGGGAAGAGGCUGGUGGUCAGGUACUUGAGCUGGAGUGUGUGCGUGGGCCUUCUGCCUCAUCCUGACAGUUAAGUUUAUGUGUUUGCAGUUUGCAGUCCAAG